CCUCUCUUUCGGACUCCCUGUACUCUGUAGCUCCGCAAGGAGAGGUGGAUUUCAAUUGAAGACCCAAACCGGCGACACGCAGAGUGCUGCCGUCGAGAAAGUCUUCAUAUUCUUCUGUGAUUUUUCUGGGAGUGCAAAUAUAUAUCUGUGUCCUCCAAUUUCCAGUGUAUCGGUAAUACGUCGGCAAUCGAUUGAAAACCCCACUUCGUGGUAAAGCUUCCGCCGGACGUUUUCGAAGUUAUUUGGCCUUUGGGAUUCAGGAAAAGGAAAAGCACGAGUCUUUUUUGGAUGUUAUGGACGAGAAAGAAUCAAUUUUGGGAAACAAUAGCAUUGAAGAUGUUAGCUGGCUUUGUUCCCUAUCAGAAUCUGAGCUUGAUAUGCUUAUAAGUGUAAAGAUGCUAGUCAUUCAACGUGCCAAAGCAAUUGGACAUUAUGAAUUAGCAGAGAAAUUUGAUCUCAAGAUGCUUCGUGCCCUUGGGUUCGUUUUAAUGGAAUAUGUCAAAGAGAAUGUUAAGGAUUUGUCUCUUAUUCCGGGUCUGACUGAGUCUGGUGCAUUUAUGGAUGGUUGCAAUUUGUUGAACUCUAAGCUUCAUAAUAUUAUGAGUAUUGAAGAGCUAAAGACAUUUAUUGUCAUGGAUUCAAGAAAGAGACCUUCCAAAAGGGAUGCCUUUGAUAGUUAGGAUUGAAGACUUUCUUGAUUAUUGUUUUGUUUUGGAUGGUCAUUUCUUUUUCUUCCUACUGGCUUUUUGAUAGUUUGAUACUUAAAGAGAAUUUAUAAAAUGUUCCUAAACCAGUAAGCACAGAAAUGCCUUUUCUAUUGUCACCCAAGUCGUUUUUAUUUGUAACUGAAGCAUUUUUGGUAAUCUGUUGUUUCAUUCUCUAUGAUAUAUUUGAAACAUCCUUUUACAUGUUUGUUUUUAUAUGUCGUGUGAAGACCGCGUGAGAAUGAUGUUGUCAAUUAGCAGUGGAAGAAAACUUAAAUCAGUGAGGAGAAGCAUAAAGCUGCCAGUGAAAGAUCAGUAAGCCCGAUAAAAGUCAAGUUAGAACACCCAGAAGCAAAGAUAUAUGGUCGAGGCUAUUGCUUGAAGCCUUGAACUUUGAUAUGAAAUGGCAAUACCUUUUGCCGUAACAACAAUUUAUUAUUUUUUACCAGUCAUAUUGUUUUAUUUUCCAUAUGUGAAAUGAAAGAACUUCCAUUGC